AUGGUGCGCUUCGAUUGGUACCAGAACGGGACGCAUGUGUAUGUGACGGUGUACGUAAAGAACGUGGCGGCAGAAGACGUGGAGCUGCGCGCGACUGCGACGGAGGUGCAUGUGCACACGCCCGCGCAAGACGUUGCGUUUGCGCCGCUGUACGCCGAGAUCGGCGCGGCCACAAGACAUGUACGCGCGGCCAACAUUGAGAUCCAGCUCGCGAAGCGCACGCCGCACGAGCAGUGGCCCAGCCUCACACGCGCGCCUGCACACGCUGCACCACGGACAAGUGCACAGUCCAAGUGGGACGCGAUCGCGGACGAGGCCGAGGAAACCGUGCCGGCCGGCACGGAUGCAGGGCUAAACGCCUUUUUCCAGAAACUCUACGCGGACGCGGACGACGACACACGCCGCGCAAUGAUGAAGAGCUUCCAGGAAUCGAACGGGACGACGCUGAGCACGAACUGGGCAGAGAUCGGCAAGCAGCGGACAGCGACGCGCGCGCCGGCGGGCAUGGUGCCAAAAAACUACCAAGACUAG